GGCCAGAACGUAUUUAUUCAUUUUCUACAGCAGCCGUUCUGACAGGUUUAUAUCAAUGUGCCGAGUCUGAAACGUUAUCUCUAUAGUAACAACUUCCACAGGGAUGUUUACGAUGGACGCUCCAUCUAAUCAGAUUAAAAACGAAACAAAAACGUUAUUGGAAUGGUCACAUUUUCUGUAAGGAUACACUGAUUUAGUAUAUAUGGAAGGAGUCUCCAAUAAUAACUCUGCAUUUUUAAACAGUUUACACUUUCCGGUUUGUUUCUCUGUUAGAUGACAAGCUGUGUUUUUUUUUUUUUGUCUUGUCAACUUAAAGAGAAAGAACCAGAGAGUCUAGAGAGGGAGCUACUGUUUAUAUCUGUUAUCAUGUAUGUAAUGUAAGGGGUAACUUGUCUUACAGAUGUCCCAAUAGAAUGAGAAAUGGAUAAAGAGUAAGACAUGCUUUAAUAAAUGAAAAAUGGUGAUUUGGCUGUGGUGUGAGAGUAAUAAAACACUUCAAGACGUGCUGUUAUUGGGAAAUGAUUAACUUCCGGGUGGUAAUAGCUACUCUGAUUCCUCACACCACCUUCUCAUUGAUAAUCUUCCUUAAACAGCACAGCCACUAGUGAUUUGUUCUUCAUAUAUUGUCUGUGCACGCUAGCACGUUCGCCUCACACCUGUUCUCCACGUGCGGUUUCCUCCGGGUACUCCGGUUUCCUCCCCCAAGUCCAAAGACAUGCAUGGUAGGGUUAGGGUUAGUGUCCGAAUGAGUGUGUGAAUGUGUAUGUGAUUGUGCACCCCAUCCAGGGUGUACCCCGCCUUGUACCCCAUGCUCCCUGGAAUAGGCUCCACUCUCCCGAAGACCCUGUAGGAUAAACGAGAAGAAUGUCCUGACAAUAAGAUUUUAACAGUGGAGUAUCCGUGUAUCAGAGCAGGAGGAGAGCGUGGCACAUGCCUCAGGAGGAAGUGCUGUAAAGGUUUCAGGUUCGUCAUGGGCCAGUGUGUACCAGAAAGUGUAGACGUGUGUGCAGGUUCUCCGUGUGAGCAGCAGUGUAUGGAUAACUUCGGCCGGGUGGUGUGUACGUGUUACAGUGGCUACCGCUUCGACCGGGAAAAACAUCGGCAGCACCUCCAUCCGUACUGCUUAGAUGUAGAUGAGUGUGAGGAGUCUAACGGGACUCUGUGUGAGGAUGUGUGUGAAAACACACCCGGCAGUUUCCGCUGUCGUUGCAGUGCUGGAUACACACUGGCUGCAGACCAGCGAUCCUGCAUACCUACACACAAACUCUCUCUCACACACUCUGCAGGGAAGUCUGAUACCCAGAUGAGUGCUGGUUCCUGCUCUCUCACCUGUCAGGACAUCAUGAACAUGAGGACUAGCCUACAGCAGCUCAAACUCCGCCUGGGACACACACACUCGACUGGACAGGUGAUCUCACCUGAUCUAGCUAACAGCAGUGAAAAGCCACUUCCUGGUAGAGUGGGGAAAAAUCAUGAUAGCCACACCAUGUCUGGUCCACCAGGGGUGCCAGGACCCCCGGGGCUGCCAGGACCUCCAGGACAGAAAGGAGAACCUGGAUCCAUUGGUACUCCAGGGCCUCAGGGUCCGAGGGGUGAUAUGGGCCCUAUGGGUCCCCAGCCGGACCUGGAGCAUGUUAAGAGGGGACGCAGAGGACCAGUGGGACCACCGGGAGCACCUGGAAGAGAUGGGUUUAAGGGUGAAAAAGGUUCUCCUGGACUCAGAGGACCACCGGGACCUCCGGGAUCUUUCGACUUCCUCCUACUGAUGAUGGCAGACAUCCGUCACGACAUCAUCGAGCUGCAAGACAAAGUGUUUGGAAAGAGGACAGACUUCUUACUGGACACCCCCCCAGACGCCAUGGUGGAGGCGGAGUUUAAAGACUCGGGUUCAGGACAGGACGAGAAAGUGCUGAAUACAUGACGGAUGUGAAGGCGUGGCACAGUGAGAGUCACAAUAAAGGACAUGAAACCGAAGCUGGCCGUCUUCAGUACUGAAACUUUGGACAAAUCAAGCAGCUGUCUCUCCGUCAGUGUGCAGACGGCGAUGAUAACCCUGAACAUCAGCUUUGCUUUGGGGCUCGAAUGAUGGAGAGAGAGCAAGAGCAGAGAGAGAAAUAAAUCACUUAAAGCGCACCUAUUAUGGUUUUGAAACGAGCCUAAUUUAGUUUUAACGGUCUCGUACGAUAGAUUUACACGCAUCCGAGGACAAAAAACACUUUAACGUGCUCAACAUUUAAACUGCAGCGUUACCUUUUUUCCCCCCAGUGUCACAAACGACUCGUUCAAUGAUUCUAAAGGAUUCGCUCUAAACAUACUCUGCUCUGAUUGGUCAAAUGUCGCAGUCUGUUGUGAUUGGUCUACCGCUGUCAGCGAGCACACGAUGAAGACCAGAGGCGGGGUUUAUUGUUACAAACCGACGUAGGUUAGUACAGGAAGUGAAGUCUGGAAUCACUAACGACUCGAUUCAGCUGUUCAGAAUCGAUUCCUUCUUUUGGGAGUCGAUAACUCCGUUUGUCGUGCGCUUUGAUUUUUGAAACUUUGCAGACGUUUUACAUUCGCAAACAGCGACAUAUAUAACACACGACAUGAAAGGGAAUAUUUGAAAAACCAUAACAGGUGCACUUUAAUCUCAAACCACAAACUAACACAUGCAUUUGGUACAUGUACAGGAUGAAUCAGUUAUGCUAGUGGUGUUCCAUUGUAGGAAAAUAAUCAGUGUGAUGUGGGUUGAUGUGAAGUGGAGUCAUUCUCACCACCCUAAAGAGGAUUAUUCUGACGUUUUAUUCCCUUUUAUACCACAGCAGUUUGCCCUCGAUUGCAAUUUUUAAAAAAAUUUUUUUACAAUAUUACAUUUUGUGCUUUUUUUUUUAUCCAUUUAGAGUUAUGUUUAUUGUUGUGGAACGUCCCUGAAACAAGCUAGUUCCUGUUAUCACUUACAUUAUAAAAGCAGCUACAGUACUAUAUACAGUCGUUCCUUCGGCAGUCUCUCUUAUAAUACGAGAUCAGACUGAAGACUUUUGGCAAACUUAAAGUUACAGCUUGACCCCUGACUAUUAUGGUACAAAGCUCUGAAACUGGACGCUCCUUCCAAAAAAAUAAAAAAGAGUUAAAGAAACAUCUCCUUACAGAAAACUUCACCAUAACACAUACCACAAUUACACACCUUUUCAUAAUCUGUUUAAGGGUAAAAAUGAUCAGAACGAGUGCAUUGAUAUCAACAUGAUUUGCCUGGCGGCGGGAACUACAGUCAGAGUUGCUGUUAUGGGAAAUUAAUCGACACCUUCUGACCAAUCAGAAUCGAGAAUUCAACAGUGGAGUAGUUGAUCAUCUAAGCACCGCCUUUUACCUUUAAUGUUAACUGAUCGUUUUUCUCCUGAAGCGUCACAGAAGUCUUGAACAAUCUACGACCUGUCCAAUACUGCCAUUCUCUUAAAAUAAAUAAAUAAAUAAAUAAAUAAAUAAAUAAAUAAAGGUACAGGAAUGUACAGUACUGUGCAAACGUUUUAGGCACAUGCAAAGAAAUGCUGUACAGCAAAGAUGCCUUCAAAAUACUGAGAUUAAAUGUGACUUUCUGUCAAAAUAAAAAAAUAAAUAAAUAAAAAGAGUAGUCUCCGGUAGAGUUAGUGCAGUUUUAUAAGGAAAUGAGCUGUACAUGUUAUCGAGCAUCUUGCAGAACCAGACACGCUUCUUCUGGAGACUUUGACUGUCACACUCGCUUCUUAUUUCUCCAGCGAAAUCCAUCAGCAAUCACUGUGGGUUUUUUUUUUUUUUUUUGUCUGAAAAAUGUCUCUUUCCACUUAAUAUGCUGUUUUCUUUACUGAUGAACAUUUCGUUCUGUGCUGGAAAAUGAAUGUUUGGGAAAUGAAAAUGUUUUGUGUACUGACUCGAUAAUAUAGAAGUCAUCAAAGAAAAAUAUCUAUAACAAAGUUUGUAGUAAAUAAAUAGCGUGCCUAAGACUUUUGCUCAGUACGGUACAUGAAAUGAAUGUGAUGUGAGCUUUUUCCUGUCUCCAGCGCGUUGUAUGACUUGUGUACGUCACAUCAUCCUCAUCAUCAUCAUCAUCAUCAUUCAGGCUUAUAGCACUUGGGGGGUUUGAAAUCCCACCUCUGCCCUGUAUGUGCAAAUCCCACCUCUCCCCAUGCAAACUCCGGGUCCUCCGGUUUCCUCCCCCGGGUCCACAGACAUGUGUAGCCUGAUGGGCAUUUCCAAAUUGUCUGUCGUGUGUGAUUGUGCCCGGUGUUGGGUUCGCACCCCGUCCAGGGUGUCCCUCGCCUUGUGCCACGAGUUCCCUGGGAUGUGCUGCAGGCUCCACCGUGACCCUGUGUAGGAUAAGAUUUAUGGAAAAUGGAUGGAUGAAUGUAUUAUUAAUACUAAAACUGAAACGUUCUGAGUGAGCUUGUCAUGUUUCACCAGCAGAGGGAGACAAAAUACAGAAAGUAGAUAUGUCUCACCACUAACACUGAACAUUAUUUUAUGUCAGAAUUCAAACUGAAAUCAGAUUUUUUUUGUUAAGUCGAAUAAUCUCAUUAUAGCCAAGGAAGUUUUUAAAAAAAAAUACAUUUACAAUUCAGAUCUAGAAAUGUCAUCACUCAUUUACACUGACCCACAUUAGUUAGUAGAACAAUUUAAAGAGAGACUUGGACUUUGUCUAAUCGUAUCAAUUUCUACACAGUGCUUCCCAAAUGGCUUUCGCAUCCAGACACAGUUUAGCGUUUUCCCUUCCUAACUUUCCUACUUCGAGCUAGAUUCAAACCCUGAAAAAAAACACACAAAAUUUUCAGCUGUGCAAUGUUGCAGCUCGUAACGAUGGGAGAUUCUUGUGUGGUUCGCAAUAUAGAAUAAAGGCAAUGUUAUUCAUUAUUCAUCCUAUUUGCCCCCUUUUGUCCUUGAAGCAACCGGAAUCAUUUCAUGAGAAAAUGAUAACCUUUAUGAUGAAACUGUGUACUGGAAAGGAAAGCAGGCCUCCAGCUGGUAAUUAAAUACCAGUUUGUUUAUUGACUUCUGUAUUCUGCGUGUAAAUUCUCUGCAUGUUUCUCCCGUGCAUCGUUUUUGUUCUGCGGCAUGAUUAUAAAUCCUGGACAGUCACACGCACGGCCAGUUUUCAAACGCAUGUGGCCUACAAUCGCAGCGCACUAGUAACACAAACACACAAAUAUGCACGCUCAACAAGCGUAUGUUUGGAAAGUCCAUGUCCUGUCUAACACACCCUUCUCUGUACAGCUACCACAGUGUUGUCAUGUUGUCAUGGGAACAAAGUAUGAGCAAACACGCCUGAAACUAUGUCACGUCUCUGAAAAGGCAUUAUUACACACGGAUCGCUCCGUCGUGGCGGCUCGAAAGUCACGGCAUCGCACGGCAUAUCGAGUGACGGGAUUCAGUCUAACGUGAUACGAUUCGUUUUACAGAACGGAUGAAUUUCCAGUCUGCGCACACACGACGCGAUAACAUUUUAAACGGUUUGCAAGCUACGGCUAACAUCACGUUAUUACGUCACUGUGCUAGCUAGUUAGCUAGUUAGUAACUCGCUAGCGAGCUAGUUAGGAGGUGUGUCCUAUUUUGAAAUUGAGUACGUAAUAGAGAUACAGUCGGAGAUAUUUUACAAGGAAUAUUAUACAGAAGCUCUACUCGAGUUUUGCUAGCCAUAUAAAGGCGUCCUAAUUAAAGCUAUUUUUAACAUUCACACAAAAAUGGGUAACGUUAUGGAGAAGUUAAUGGUUCUGGGUUACUGAUCAGAAGGUCCGGAGUUCAAGCCCCAGCAUUGCCAAGCUACCACUGUUGGGCCCUUGAGCGAGGCCCUUAACCCUUAAUUGCUCAGUUGUAUAAAUGAGAUAAAUGUAAGUCGCUCUGGAUAAGGGCAUCUGCCAAAAAUGUCAAAAUAAUUAUAUAUAUAUAUGGAGUCAGUCAAUAAUACUAUACUACAAAGCCAUGAUUCAAUGAAUGAUCCGAAUAUGAAUAUUAUAUCGUGGUAUCAAUCGUCCGUGGUGUGUUUUCACCAAGGACUUCUGUUCAGCUACAUCGUUCUGGGUCCAAAGUGAAAUCUGCUUCCUUUUAUACCCUCGUGUGACGAGAAGUCGUGACAGGAAGUCACGGCUGGUCUACUGUCUACCAUCUCACGUGUCGGACGGCUGUGUUUUUGUAGCAUCGACAGCUGACGUGUCAACGCUGUGUCUCAGAAGUCGAUUCAGCUCGACUGCUUUUAUCAAUAGACACGGUCACGAAGCAGCUUUGCAGAAAUCCGGACGUUCGUUUAAAUCACCAAUGAGCAAGUGAGAGGCGACAGUGGUGAAGAGGGAAAAAAUUCUCUCCGAUGAUGUGAAGAAGAAGAAGAAGAACGUCUUGAGACGUUGAAAAACCUCUCCUGGGUGACGCCGGACAGUGUGAAUACGAAUCAUUCGUCUCCCUCGACUCUGUACUGUAAAGUCAAACGGCACCGAGUGUGUUGAAAGGUAUGAGCAGGUUGUGAAUCAUGGGAUGAGACUCGCACAGCAGCUCUUAUGUACAAAUCUACACUCGGAGUCUGGGAAAUAAACUCUUUGUGAGCGACUAGGGCAACCACAGGUCUUCCUUUCCUCACGUGCGGCGGCAGAAAACACAGGUGAAACAAGUUUAUGCGAUGCUACGAAGGGUCAGACGAGUUCAAAUAUCACUCAUGUCACUGUAGUUACGCUGUACAGUGUGAUCUCAGUGCUGAAUGAGUUGCAGUGUUUGACAGCGAGUCAGCGAGUCCUCUAGCUCGUGUGACUAUUGUGUAUAAGUCACAAUCACACACAAUAAACGUGUAAUUAUCUCCCGAGGUGCCGCGGCUAGUCAGCAGUCUGCCGUCUCGUGUGUCGGACAUGUGUCGGGAAAAAGCGCCGCGGUGAUUAAAACGCUCUAUUGUUGUCUCACUUUGGACGUGUCUUCUCAUGGAUGUCAUUCUGUAGGGUGCAGCAUAAUAACCUUCAACUAUAUGACAAUUUUGCCGAGGUUCGUGGAGAUAAAUCAUCUUGGUUUGUUGGUUCAUGGGGCGUCAAACGUUUUCGCAGCUAGAGACCCAUUAUUAGGAUAAUGUGGGGUUGGAGUUUUAGGGGUUAGUUGGGUGUUCACGGAAGAGGUGGGUCUUUAGCCGUUUUGUGAAGAUAGUGACGGAUUCUGCGGUCCGGAUUGAUGCUGGAAGUUCAUUCCACGACUGAGGGACGGUCAGUGUGAAGGUUCUGGAAAGGGACCUCGAGCCACGCCGAGUAGGCACUACUAAGCGUCGGGCGUUAAUCGAUCUCAGAUCGCGUGAUGGAACGUAGGCCUUCAGGAGAGAGUUGAGGUAGGAGGGUGCUGAUCCAGACAAGGUCUUAUAGGUGAGCAUCACCAGGCCUUGAAUUCGAUUCGGGCGGCCACAGGAAGUCAGUGGAGGGAGAUGAAGAGGGGUGUGACGUGGGAUAUCGUGGGCUGGUUGAAGACGAGGCGUGCUGCUGCAUCAUUCUGAAUCAUCUGAAAGGGUUUUGAUGGAGCUGCCUGGGAGACCCGAGAGAAGUGUGCUGCAGACAAUGCGUUAAACAACUACAGUAUACCGUAUAUACAAUUAUACAUUAGAGAGCACGGUCCAUCCGCAGAACCCACUGUUUAGUUCUUGAUUCUGAUUGGUCAGAAGGUGUCGAUUAAGAUUUUUCACAGCAAGACAAAUCCCAGGUUUAUAUUAACGCGAUCAUUCCAGUACAUGAUCAUUUCUAUAGUAACAACUCAAUCGCAGGGAUUUUUUGAGUUGUGGACGUAGUAAUAAUCUAAUAAUAAGCGAAUAAUUCAAAUGUUAUUUAAUGAAGAGAAUUUGUCGAUAUGGCGACAUGGUGAUAUGGUGUAAGGAGACACUUGUGGAAGGAGUCUCCGGUGCCAGACGCUUUUCGACCGUUCGGGACAGAGGAGUUUUUACGCUUUCCGGUUUCUCCGUAAAAUGACAAGCUGUAAGUUUUUUUUUUUGAUUUGAUUAAGGUGAAGAUAAAGUGAGUAGAUGACUGUUUAGAGUUGCUGUAACGUAACAGGAUUCGCAGAUACUCCGUAACAUUCAAUGUAACUAAAGCCGGAUCAAAAAGGCUUGAUUUAAUAAAUAAAAACGGUAAACAUUGGCGAAUUGCUAUGCUGUAACUGGAAUAAAACACUUCAAUGUGUGUUGACUUCAGGGUUCAUCACAGCACCCCGUCGCUGAUUAUUUUUCUAUAACAGCACACCAGGAAGUGUUUUAUCCCUUAGGAUUCCACUUUGAGGAUUCUUACCAUUUCCUACGACAGCAGAUCAGAAGACGGCUUUUCAUCUCGUUUGAAUACUAGACCUUCCGAAUAAGAGUGAUUGGACUCUCUGGUUGUUGAAUCGAUCCGUACGUUUAUUAAAGCAUUCAGAACCAAGGAAAUAAAACAGCUGCUGUGCUUACUUACUUACUUAAUCCUCUUCGUCCCGUGUCAGACAUAAUGCCGCUACUAGCUCUCUCCAUCGAGGUCUGUCCUGAGCUGUGAACUGUGCUUCUCCCCGUGAGAGCCCCAUUUCUUCCGGCUUGGUCGCCACUGUCUGCCGCCAUCUUGUUCUUGGUCUGCCUCAUUUGCGCUUGCCAGGUGGUGUCCAACACAAAGCCCCUUUAUGUAUCCCGAGUACAUGUCCGAGCCAUCUUAAUCGGAGUAUCUCCUGAGAUGUGUUCUUAGAUCUUGUCUUUUUGUACAUUUGAGAUGGUAUUGCGCCAGUAGAUGUUACAGAUCUUCCUAAGGCAGCUGUUAUGUUACGGAAGGCAUCUAACUUGCCCAUUUUCACCCUUCUCCGACAUUCGGAGGCAUACAGAAGCACUGAUUUAGCAUUGCUGUUGUAAAGUUUGAUCUCUGUUCCGAGGCUUAGCUGUUUAGACUUCCAGAUGGUUCCGAGUCUGGUCAAAGCUGCUCUUGCUUUAUUUAUUUAUUCGGGCCUUGAUGUCUUUUUGGGCUCCGUUAUAGCAUACUUUUGCUUUCGAACACAAAACUACGAGUUUGUUUAAAGUGUCGUAUCCGGUUAAUGGCGUAACGAAAGUCGGGUAAACGAGGCCGGCUGCAACAUAUCGCUAGAGGUCAUAUUUGUAUUUGAGCUCUGUGUGAGCUAGCACGUUAUCCGCUAAUGCAGAGUUGUUAUAUGAGGGUUCCUUAUUGCUUGUCGUGUAGUAACUGUACACCGCUGAAAAGGUUUUCGUGACAUUAUCUUUUGGAAAAUAUCCUUGUUUCCAAGAACAGGAAUGCGGCUAAUUAAAUUCUCCCUCCACUUCCUUUACUUGGAAAUCAGGCCUAAAAUUGUAUAUGAGAUGGAAUCUGAGGACAGGAUCAAACAGCGCUGGCAUUUUCUCUGCAGACUGGUGUUGAUUUCAUGUUUGUAAUUUGUAUGCGUGUGUGUGUGCGGUUUACACGGACUGAAUAUGAGCUCCUGUUGGCAUCGGAGGCCUUUAGCAGCAGGAGACGGCUGUGUUUCCUGAAGCGCGAUAAAGCCGAACUAGAGAUGGACUAAAGCCAAGAACGCGCUUCCUCGAUGACUGAAUACAUUCCACUACUGAUGAUAUGAGAGAUCGGGAAGGGUAAUGAUUACACACCCACACACACGUGAAGACCCACGAACACAGCACAGGCACGCAUGUAGAACAAACACACGCACACACACAUAUCUCUUACUAUCCUUGUCAGGACCUUCAACUGACAUAAUGCUGUUAAUUGAUGCUAUGCAACAUCUAAAUCUAAUCCUAAUGACCCCAUCAAACAAAACGUUUUUAAUU